AUUUCUUUUACUAUUGGUAGCUUUUGACCGUCAUGGGAAAUUUUCAUAGCCACGUCCAUACCAGCAUACAUACACAUUCUCCUGUCCCUUCACCACAUCAUCCCAUAUCACUCGUCUAUAUCUAUGCUCUCAUCAAGGUCGUCAAAUAUUAGGCAAUACCUACUAUCCGCAGACACCCUAGUCUACCAUCGUGUCUUGCCGCCUAUCCCUCCAUCGUAUCCAAUUAGGCCAGCCUAUUCGGUUUAUUGAGCCCCAAGCCUAGUUCUCUGACCUCGUACUCUCUCCCCCCCCCCCCCCCCCCGCCCGUAGUCCCCCGGGGGCCAUCUUUGAACUCGAAGGCAUGUUGCGCAGCGCGGUAAACAGCACAGUUAGGAAAGCCGUCACAGAAUUGACCCAGUACCCGAAGCCCGGCGAGACGCUACACGGCUUCACUCUCUUGAGGACCAAGCAUGUGCCAGAGUUAGAACUAACUGCGCUGCAUCUACGACACGAUAAGACCGGCGCCGACUACCUCCACAUCGCUCGGGAAGAUAGCAACAAUGUCUUCUCUAUCGGCUUCAAGACAAACCCGCCCGACGACACGGGCGUCCCCCAUAUACUCGAGCAUACGACGUUAUGUGGCAGCCAGAAGUAUCCCAUCCGCGAUCCAUUCUUCAAGAUGUUGCCGCGAACACUGUCCAACUUCAUGAACGCUUUCACUGCCUCCGACCAUACCUACUACCCAUUUGCGACAACGAACGCUCAAGACUUCCGGAAUCUCAUGUCUGUCUACCUCGAUGCGACUCUACACCCCUUACUAAAGGAGACGGAUUUCACCCAAGAGGGUUGGAGAGUUGGUCCAGAGAAUCCCAAAGUCGCGGGUAAGGAUGGCGAGGCUGGGGCCGAGGAUAGCAAACUUGUCUUCAAAGGCGUUGUCUACAACGAGAUGAAAGGCCAAAUGUCAGAUGCGGACUAUUUGUUUUAUAUUCGCUUCCAAGACCACAUCUUCCCGGCGAUCAAUAACUCAGGAGGCGAUCCGCAAAAGAUAACCGACUUAACAUACGAGCAACUUCGUAAAUUCCACGCGGAGCAUUACCAUCCAAGUAAUGCGAAGCUGAUUACUUACGGAGAUAUGCCGCUAGCUGAUCACCUCAAGGAGGUCGACGCACAGAUGAGCGCGUUUGAGAAGAUCCAAGCAGACAUCGACCACAAGAAACCGAUCGAUCUCAGCGAUGGACCACGUACCGUGACUGUCUUCGGGCCGGUAGAUCCCCUCGCAGACCCAGACAAACAAUAUAAAACUUCCAUUUCGUGGAUCAUGGGAGAUACAAACGACGUAUUGCAGUCAUUUUCAAUCGCCCUCCUCUCGUCGCUAUUAAUGGAUGGGUAUGGCUCUCCGCUCUACAGGGGCCUCGUCGAGAGUGGGUUGGGCACAGAUUGGAGCCCGAACGCUGGAUAUGAUGGGUCGGCAACCACGGGGAUAUUCUCUAUAGGGUUGUCCGGAGUCGCACAAGGCAGCGUCGAGAAGGUCAAGGACGAGGUGCAAAAAGUCCUCCGCGACGUACGCCAGAAAGGAUUUGAGAAAGACAAGAUCGACGGGUACCUUCACCAGCUCGAAUUAAGCCUCAAGCAUAAGACAGCCAACUUUGGACUCUCUGUAUUACACCGUCUCAAAGGAAAAUGGUUCUCUGGUACGGACCCUUUUGAUUCCUUGGCGUGGAACGAUACUGUCGCCGCAUUCGAAGCCAAGCUUGCCCAGGGGGGCUAUCUUGAGGGGUUGAUGGACAAAUAUCUCCUGAAUGAUAAUACUCUUACUUUUACCAUGGCUCCUUCAGACACUUACGUCGCGGAAGUUUCGAAAGAAGAGAAUGAGAGGCUGGCAGCCAAGAUCCUACAGGUCGCCCAAGCAGCCGGAGGCGAAGAGGAAGCCAAGAAAUUCUUCGAGAGAAGAGAACUUGACCUUCUUGCCGAGCAAGGCAAGUCUAGCACGGAAGACCUUAGUUGUCUGCCAACAGUCUACGUGAAGGAUAUUCCGAGACAGAAGGAGCCCGCUAAACUGAGAGACGAAGUCGCCCACGGAACUACCAUCCAGUGGCACGAAGCUCCGACUAAUGGCCUCACUUACUUCCGAGCGAUCAACACCUUCGAAAACUUGCCAGACGAGCUUCGCUCUCUGAUCCCACUGUUCACCGAUUCUAUCAUGCGGUUAGGAACGAAGGAUAUGACGAUGGAGCAACUCGAGGAUCUCAUCAAGCUCAAAACGGGGGGUAUUUCUGUCGGUUAUAUGUCGACUGCCUCGCCCACCGACUUCCGAAAAGCUUCCGAAGGGAUUGUUCUGAGGGGUAUGGCUCUCGACCGCAACGUACCAGAUAUGUUCGAGCUACUGCGCAAACUCAUUCUAGAAACCAACUUUGACAGCCCGGAGGCGGCCCUCCGAAUCAGGCAACUCCUACAGGCUUCAGCUGAUGGCGUCGUUAAUGAUAUCGCCUCCUCGGGUCACGCAUACGCUCGACGUUACGCCGAGUCCGGUCUUUCCCUCGAAGCGUACCUCACAGAGCAAGUCAGUGGGUUGUCGCAGGUUAAACUCAUUACUUCGCUAGCCGGGCGACCUGAGUCGGACAAGCUUGAAGAUAUAAUUGAAAAGUUGAAGAAGAUUCAAAGUUUCGCCUUGGCAGGUGGCGGUAUUCGUACAGCACUGACCUGCGGUGCUGAUAGUUCCCAAGCUAAUUCACUUGCGUUAUCUCGAUUCAUGGCGUCUCGACCAACCGAGCCGGUCGCUUUUCCUCCGGCAGGUAAGCAGACAUUUGCCAAAGAUAUCAAGGCCUUCUUCCCGCUCCCUUACCAAGUCUACUACGGCGGCCUCGCGCUUCCGACCACCUCGUACACCUCUCCACAGGGCGCGCCCCUCCAGAUUCUCGCCCAAAUGCUCACUCACAAGCACCUCCACCACGAGAUCCGCGAGAAGGGUGGCGCUUACGGCGGUGGCGCCUAUAUGAAGGGCCUCGAGGGCUUGUUCGGCUUCUACUCAUAUCGCGAUCCAAACCCGCAGAACUCGCUCUCGAUCAUGCGGAAUGCGGGGCGGUGGGCGGUCGACAAGCAAUGGUCGGACCGGGACCUGGAGGAGGCGAAGAUCUCGGUGUUCCAGAGCGUCGACGCGCCGAAGUCGGUGAACACGGAGGGCAUGCUGCGGUUCGUGUCCGGCGUCACGGCCGAGAUGCAGCAGAGGCGACGCGAGCAGCUUCUCGACGUGUCAAAGGACCAGGUCCGCGAAGCUGCGCAGACGUACAUCGUCGACGCACUCGCCAAAGGUGAGGAGCGGAUCGCGUUCCUCGGGAAGAAGCAGGACUGGGUCGACAGCACCUGGGCCGUGAACGAGAUGGAUGUGGCAGGCACCGCUGAGUGAUGAUCUCGCCUCCGGGGAACCUCGGAUGCUCUCACGAUGACUGUGAGAGCAACGGUGUCCUCGGUGUACUAACUAGUAACUGACCGGAUUGUAACGAUAACACACAUAUACCCACCUCCCAGAUAUAAUGA